GUAUAUACCAAUACGGCAAUACCGCACACGACUGACCAGCGACCACUAAUCACAAUAAUACAAUAUUCACAUUUCACAAUUAUUCACUAAUUUUUUCUUUUAUUAAGUACUAGACUGUAAGAAUUGCAAAUAAAUAAUAUUGUUUUUUCGAGUGUUGAACCGAACUAUAUCGAUCUUCAAUCUUAACAACUUCGACGCGAUUACAUUGUUGUAGGGGAUAACUGACUCACAAAGACAAAUAACGAUUCGUUACUAGAUAGUGGUAGAUACCAGAACGGCAUUCAGUAUCCGUUGACAUAAUACAUUAAAACGAAUUAUAUUAUACAGAAAAUGGCAUCAUUGAGAUCACUGAACCGCACCUUACGAAAUGCCCAGGCUGGAGCCAUAGAUCCGAUGCAAGUUGAUGCACCUCCUGAAGAAAAUGACAACAACGAAGAAGAAUUGUAUGAAGUGGACAUUGAUUCAUUUGACCUUGAGACAUAUGCCAAUAGUUACAUUGGAUUAGCUCGCAUUUACAGGCUUAUGUAUAUAGCAGACCAUUGUCCAAGAUUGCGAUCUGAUGCAUUACGUCUGGCCAUUUCACAUGUUAUUACUACAAUGAAUGCUAAUCUGUAUCAAAUGCUACACCAUAAACUUCAACAAUGUCAUGGAAUUAUACUACCAGAUGUUACUGGAGCUAAUCCGGUAGAUACAGGACUUCCAGUGUUUAAUGCUAUUUGGGUAGAAACUACAACUCAAAAAUCAGCUAUGAAACUUGAAAAACUAGAUGGAGAUCUUAAGAACUAUAAAAGUAAUUCGAUUAAGGAAAGCAUUCGUCGUGGUCAUAAUGAAAUUGGUGACCAUUAUGUCAAUUGUGGAGACCUCAUUGAAGCAACUAAAAGUUAUUCUAAGGCUCGAGAUUAUUGUACUAGUUCCUCUCAUGUCAUAUCAAUGUGCCUUAACAUAAUAAAAGUUGGAAUUUAUCUGCAAAAUUGGUCACAUGUUAUCAAUUACAUAAUUAAAGCUGAAUCUACUCCGGACUAUAUGGAAAAUUCUGAACUACAGACCACAUACAGUUCUACACUUAAAUGCAUGACAGGUUUAGCUGAACUUGCUGGUCGUAAAUACAAAUUAGCUGCUCAAAAUUUCUUGAAAACCAAUCUUGAUUAUUGGGAUUCUUGUGACGUAAUGACUCCUAAUGAUAUUGCUAUUUAUGGAGGACUCUGCGCAUUAGCUACUUUUAACCGUUUAGAACUUCAAAAUAGCGUUAUUUGCAACAACUCAUUCAAAUUAUUCCUUGAACUGGAACCUGAAGUACGUGAUGCGAUUUUCAAGUUUUAUGAGUCCAAAUAUGAAGUCUGUUUAACUAUUUUGAACAAAAUAAAACCAAUUUUACUUCUUGAUAUGUACAUUGGAUCUCACAUAAACCAGCUCUACUCUAAUAUAAGAAGCAAAGCAAUGAUUCAAUAUUUCUGUCCAUACGACUCUGCUGACUUAAGAAAAAUGGCAUUAUGUUUCAAUACUCCAUUGCCUGAUUUAGAGAAUGAACUUAUGCAACUUAUUUUGGAUGGUCACAUCAAGGCUCGUAUUGACUCCAUUAAUAAAAUCCUUUACGCUAAGCAUCCAAAUCAAAGAGUAGAAACAUUUGAGAAAGCUAUGUCAAUGGCUCAACAAUACAGUAGGUAUAUGCACAUUUUAGUACUGAAAAGUCAAAUGAUCAAACACCAGUUAAAUUCAAAACUCGGUAAAGUUGAACGUCUUAACAAUAUUGGGAAAACUAUAAAUGUAGAUUUUGUAAAAAUAUCUGGAUAAAAAAUGAUUUACUAAUGAUCAUAUAUUAUGGAAUAUUUAGAUUGUAUAAUAAUUUUGUCAUUAAACAUUAAAAACUUCAAAAAUUUUGUUUUUAUCAAUAAUUGUAUUUUUUGUAAAUUAUUAAUAAUUUCAGAAAGUAAUAUUAUUAAUAUAAAAUGUAUAUACUUUUUUUUUAUUACAAUUUUUAUUUAUAAUUUAAAAUAUUAAUUUGUAUAACAUAUUUAAUAAAAGCCAAUCUGAAGAUUGAAUGUCGAUAACUGAUAUGAAUGAUACACAAUUAAUGACCAAAAAAUAUUACCAUUGGUUUAACUAUAUUAUAUUUAAUGUUCCGUUAAAAUAUUUGUUUUUACAUUUAAUUUUGCAAUAAACGACAAUUUCCUAGUUAAUUAAAUUCAAUAAUUUUUUUCAAUUACAAUGAUUAUGUUGUAAAGCCAAUCAAAAUUAACUGUACUAAAGUCUAGAUAGACCAAUUCAAUUGAAAAAGUAAUUAUUUGGUAAGUUACUUACUCACUUACAAAAACAUUUGCAGAUAGUUCUAAAAAAAAAAUAUCAACAAUACAUAAUAUCAACUACAUGUUAAGUCAAUUUAUUUCCAUAAUAAUUAUUUGUUGGUAUAAUUAAAAAUGUUUCAACUACCCUCUUAGAAAAUA